GCUGGGGGGGCGCGCGAGCCGGCGCGAGGGGAGCGCGAGCCGCAGUGAGUGUCCUCGCGCCGCCCGCCCGGCAGCCCGGCCGGCGCGCGCACGCCGCGAGCCGCUGGCGCUCGGGCUCCGCUCGAAUCCCAUGCAACAGCCAGGAUGUGAAGCGGGGCAGAGCCGGGGGAGCCCAGCCCAGCCAGCCUCCAGACGCUGCCCCGACUGACGCUUGGCUUGAGGCCUCUCUGUGAGGGACCGUGGGGGGGGGGCCAUCCCCCCUCCAGGGCCAGAGGUUGGAGGUUGCAGGUCACGGCCGAGCAUGGCGCCUGCCUGGUGCCAUGGUGUGGCAUCUGUGGUUGGUCCCAUGGGCCUCCUCGUGGUCCUGCUGGUAGGAGGCUGUGCCACAGAAGAGCCCCCCAGGUUCAUCAAAGAACCCAAGGACCAGAUUGGCGUGUCAGGGGGCGUGGCCUCCUUUGUGUGUCAGGCCACCGGAGAUCCCAAGCCACGCGUGACCUGGAACAAGAAGGGCAAGAAGGUCAAUUCGCAGCGCUUUGAGACGAUCGAGUUUGAUGGGAGUGCAGGGGCCGUGCUGAGGAUCCAGCCACUCCGGACACCCCGGGAUGAGAAUGUGUACGAGUGUGUGGCCCAGAACUCAGUCGGGGAGAUCACUGUCCAUGCCAAGCUCACUGUCCUCCGAGAGGACCAGCUGCCCCCUGGUUUCCCCAACAUCGACAUGGGCCCCCAGCUGAAGGUGGUAGAGCGGACACGGACAGCUACCAUGCUCUGUGCUGCGAGUGGCAACCCUGACCCCGAGAUCACCUGGUUCAAGGACUUCUUGCCCGUGGACCCCAGUGCCAGCGAUGGACGGAUCAAGCAGCUGCGGUCAGGAGCCCUGCAGAUUGAGAGCAGCGAGGAGACCGACCAGGGCAAAUACGAGUGUGUGGCGACCAACAGCGCUGGCGUGCGCUACUCCUCACCCGCCAAUCUCUACGUGCGAGAGCUUCGAGAAGUCCGCCGCGUGGCUCCACGGUUCUCCAUCUUGCCCAUGAGCCACGAGAUCAUGCCAGGUGGCAACGUGAACAUCACCUGCGUGGCCGUGGGCUCGCCCAUGCCAUACGUCAAGUGGAUGCAGGGGGCCGAGGACCUGACGCCUGAAGAUGACAUGCCCGUGGGCCGGAACGUGCUGGAACUCACAGAUGUCAAGGACUCUGCCAACUACACGUGUGUGGCCAUGUCCAGCCUGGGCGUCAUCGAGGCCGUGGCCCAGAUCACGGUGAAAUCUCUCCCCAAAGCCCCUGGGACCCCUGUGGUGACAGAGAACACAGCCACCAGCAUCACCAUCACGUGGGACUCUGGCAACCCAGACCCCGUGUCCUACUACGUCAUCGAAUAUAAAUCCAAGAGCCAGGACGGGCCAUACCAGAUCAAAGAGGACAUCACCACGACGCGUUACAGCAUUGGCGGCCUGAGCCCCAAUUCGGAGUAUGAGAUCUGGGUGUCGGCCGUCAACUCCAUCGGCCAGGGUCCGCCCAGCGAGUCGGUGGUCACCCGCACUGGCGAGCAGGCCCCUGCCAGCGCGCCCCGAAACGUGCAGGCCCGCAUGCUCAGCGCCACCACCAUGAUCAUCCAGUGGGAGGAACCCGUGGAACCCAACGGCCUGAUCCGGGGCUACCGGGUCUACUACACCAUGGAGCCCGAGCACCCCGUGGGCAACUGGCAGAAGCACAACGUGGACGACAGCCUGCUGACCACCGUGGGCAGCCUGCUGGAGGAUGAGACAUACACCGUGCGCGUGCUGGCCUUCACCUCCGUAGGCGAUGGGCCCCUCUCGGACCCCAUCCAGGUCAAGACACAACAGGGAGUGCCUGGCCAGCCCAUGAACUUCCGGGCCGAGGCCAAGUCGGAGACGAGUAUUGGGCUCUCGUGGAGCCCCCCGCGGCAGGAGAGCAUCAUCAAGUAUGAGCUCCUCUUCCGGGAAGGCGACCACGGCAGAGAGGUCGGGAGGACCUUCGACCCGGCCACGGCCUUCGUGGUGGACGACCUCAAGCCCAACACCGAAUACGCCUUCCGCCUGGCGGCGCGCUCCCCGCAAGGCCUGGGCGCCUUCACCUCGGUGGUGCGGCAGCGCACGCUGCAGUCCAAACCGUCAGCCCCCCCUCAAGACGUUAAAUGUGUCAGCACGCGCUCCACGGCCAUUUUGGUAAGUUGGCGCCCGCCGCCACCGGACACGCACAACGGGGCCCUGGUGAGCUAUAGCGUCCGCUACCGACCGCUGGGCUCAGAGGACCCGCAACCCAAGGAGGUGAACGGCAUCCCCCCGACCACCACCCAGAUCCUGCUGGAGGCCUUGGACAAGUGGACGGAGUACCGCAUCACCGCCGUCGCUCACACAGAGGUGGGACCAGGGCCCGAGAGCUCGCCCGUGGUCAUCCGCACCGACGAGGACGUGCCCAGCGCGCCGCCGCGGAAGGUGGAGGCGGAGGCGCUCAACGCCACGGCUAUUCGCGUGCUGUGGCGCUCACCCGCGCCCGGUCGGCAGCACGGCCAGAUCCGCGGCUACCAGGUCCACUACGUGCGCAUGGAGGGCGCUGAGGCCCGAGGGCCGCCGCGCAUCAAGGACAUCAUGCUGGCCGAUGCCCAGUGGGAGACGGACGACACGGCCGAAUAUGAGAUGACCGUCACAAACCUGCAGCCUGAGACCGCCUAUUCCAUCACGGUAGCCGCCUACACCAUGAAAGGCGAUGGCGCUCGCAGUAAACCCAAGGUGGUAGUGACCAAGGGAGCAGUGCUGGGCCGCCCCACCCUGUCGGUGCAGCAGACCCCCGAGGGCAGCCUGCUGGCACGCUGGGAGCCCCCGGCCGGCACCGCCGAGGACCAGGUGCUGGGCUAUCGCCUGCAGUUCGGCCGCGAGGACUCAUCGCCCCUGGCCACACUGGAGUUCCCGCCCACCGAGGACCACUACACUGCGUCGGGCGUGCACAAGGGCGCCACGUACGUGUUCCGGCUGGCGGCCCGGAGCCGAGGCGGCCUGGGCGAGGAGGCAGCCGAGGUCCUGAGCAUCCCCGAGGACACGCCCCACGGCCACCCACAGAUCCUCGAGGCGGCCGGCAACGCCUCCGCCGGCACAGUCCUGCUCCGCUGGCUGCCGCCAGUGCCCGCCGAGCGCAACGGGGCCAUUGUCAAGUAUACAGUGGCUGUGCGGGAGGCCGGCGCCCUGGGCCCCGCCCGAGAGACCGAGCUGCCCGCGGCGGCCGAGCCGGGCGCCGAGAACGUGCUCACGCUGCAGGGCCUCAAGCCCGACACGGCCUAUGACCUCCAAGUGCGGGCCCACACGCGCCGCGGCCCCGGCCCUUACAGCCCCCCCGUCCGCUACCGGACGUUCCUGCGGGACCAAGUCUCGCCCAAGAACUUCAAGGUGAAGAUGAUCAUGAAGACGGCGGUUUUGCUCAGCUGGGAGUUCCCCGACAGCUACCACUCGCCCACGCCCUACAAGAUCCAGUACAAUGGGCUCACGCUGGACGUGGACGGCCGCACCACCAAGAAGCUCAUCACGCACCUCAAGCCCAACACCUUUUACAACUUCGUGCUGACCAACCGCGGCAGCAGCCUGGGUGGCCUCCAGCAGACGGUCACUGCCUGGACCGCCUUCAACCUGCUCAGCUCUAAGCCCAGCGUGACCCCCAAGCCUGACUCCGAAGGCUACAUUGUGGUGUAUCUGCCCGACGGCCAGAGCCCUGUGCCUGUCCAGAACUACUUCAUUGUGAUGGUGCCACUGCGUAAAUCUCGUGGUGGCCAGUUCCUGACCCCGCUGGGCAGCCCAGAGGAAAUGGACCUGGAGGAGCUGAUCCAGGAUAUCGCACGGCUGCAGAGGCGCAGCCUGCGGCACUCGCGCCAGCUGGAGGCGCCCCGGCCCUACAUCGCAGCUCGCUUCUCAGUGCUGCCACCCACCUUCCAUCCCGGCGACCAGAAGCAGUACGGUGGCUUUGACAACAGGGGCUUGGAGCCUGGCCACCGAUAUGUUCUCUUUGUGCUUGCUCUGCUGCAGAAGAGCGAACCCACAUUUGCGGCAAGCCCCUUCUCAGACCCCUUCCAGCUGGAUAACCCAGACCCGCAGCCCAUUGUGGACGGCGAGGAGGGGCUCAUCUGGGUGAUCGGGCCCGUGCUGGCUGUGGUCUUCAUCGUCUGCAUCGUUAUUGCCAUCUUGCUCUAUAAGAAUAAGCCUGACAGUAAACGCAAGGACUCAGAGCCCCGCACCAAAUGCCUACUGAACAACGCCGACCUCGCCCCCCACCACCCCAAGGACCCCGUGGAAAUGAGACGCAUUAACUUCCAGACGCCAGAUUCAGGCCUCAGCAGCCCCCUCAGGGAGCCGGGGUUUCACUUUGAAAGCAUGCUCAGCCACCCACCCAUCCCCAUCGCGGACAUGGCAGAGCACACAGAACGCCUCAAGGCCAACGAUAGCCUCAAGCUCUCCCAGGAGUACGAGUCCAUCGAUCCGGGCCAGCAGUUCACGUGGGAGCACUCCAACCUGGAAGUGAACAAGCCCAAAAACCGCUAUGCCAACGUCAUCGCCUAUGACCACUCUCGUGUCAUCCUCCAGCCCAUCGAAGGCAUCGUGGGCAGCGACUAUAUCAACGCCAACUACGUGGAUGGCUAUCGGCGGCAGAAUGCGUACAUUGCCACGCAGGGGCCGCUGCCCGAGACCUUCGGUGACUUCUGGCGUAUGGUGUGGGAGCAGCGCUCCGCUACCAUCGUUAUGAUGACACGGCUAGAGGAGAAAUCACGGAUCAAAUGUGAUCAGUACUGGCCCAACAGGGGCACGGAGACCUACGGCUUCAUCCAGGUCACCCUGCUGGACACCAUCGAGCUGGCCACGUUCUGCGUGCGGACGUUCUCCCUGCACAAGAACGGCUCCAGCGAGAAACGGGAAGUCCGGCAGUUCCAGUUCACGGCGUGGCCGGACCACGGGGUACCCGAGUACCCGACGCCCUUCCUGGCUUUCCUGCGGAGAGUCAAGACCUGCAACCCGCCGGACGCGGGUCCCAUCGUGGUCCACUGCAGCGCUGGUGUGGGCCGCACGGGCUGCUUCAUUGUCAUCGACGCCAUGCUUGAGCGGAUCAAGCCGGAGAAGACGGUGGACGUGUACGGCCACGUGACGCUCAUGCGGUCCCAGCGCAACUACAUGGUGCAGACCGAGGACCAGUACAGCUUCAUCCAUGAGGCCCUGCUGGAGGCCGUGGGCUGCGGCAACACGGAGGUGCCUGCCCGCAGCCUCUAUGCCUACAUCCAGAAGCUGACCCAGGUGGAGCCCGGCGAGCACGUCACCGGCAUGGAACUCGAGUUCAAGCGGCUGGCCAACUCCAAAGCCCACACAUCCCGCUUCAUCAGUGCCAAUCUGCCUUGUAACAAGUUCAAGAACCGCCUGGUCAACAUCAUGCCCUACGAGAGCACACGGGUCUGUCUGCAGCCCAUCCGGGGCGUGGAGGGCUCCGACUACAUUAACGCCAGCUUCAUCGAUGGCUACAGGCAGCAGAAGGCCUACAUCGCCACGCAGGGGCCGCUGGCGGAAACCACGGAGGACUUCUGGCGCAUGCUCUGGGAGAACAACUCAACCAUCGUGGUGAUGCUGACCAAGCUGCGGGAGAUGGGCCGGGAGAAAUGUCACCAGUACUGGCCGGCCGAGCGCUCCGCCCGCUACCAGUACUUCGUGGUGGAUCCGAUGGCGGAAUACAACAUGCCUCAGUACAUCCUGCGGGAGUUCAAGGUCACAGACGCCAGGGAUGGACAGUCCCGGACUGUCCGGCAGUUCCAGUUCACGGACUGGCCGGAACAGGGCGUGCCCAAGUCGGGGGAGGGCUUCAUAGACUUCAUCGGCCAAGUGCACAAGACCAAGGAACAGUUUGGCCAAGACGGCCCCAUCUCUGUCCACUGCAGCGCCGGCGUGGGCAGGACGGGCGUCUUCAUCACGCUCAGCAUCGUGCUGGAGCGGAUGCGGUACGAAGGCGUGGUGGACAUCUUCCAGACCGUGAAGAUGCUGCGGACCCAGAGGCCAGCCAUGGUGCAGAUGGAGGACGAGUACCAGUUCUGCUACCAGGCGGCUCUGGAGUACCUCGGGAGCUUUGACCACUAUGCAACCUAGAGCCUUGUCGGCCCGGCCCGACUCCAGCGGCCCCGACGCCUCCCGUGCCGGGCGGGCCCCGAGGCCUGGACCCCAGUGGCCGGGACAGGAGGCGGCGGCCGUGUUUCCGCAGGGUCUCCGGGAGCGACGCGGCCCCUCAAGCCCCCAACCCCCGCGUGGCCCCAGCCAACCCCCCCUGGACCGGCCGCCGCCUUCGCUACUCGGCACAUUCCUCAUUUCCUUCCAGAACGAGAUUCCAAAACGAGAGAUUCCGGGGUGGGGGGAGGGGGGAGGCGGUGAGCAAAAGGGGGUUCUUCCCCAGAACCGGAGAAGGGCGGGGGCUGUGAACUUGGCCCUCGUCCUUCCCCGGGGAGCCUUCCUGCCCCACAGCCUGGAGGGCGCCAGGGAUGGGGACCCGAUGCAGCUCUCUUUCGAACGCAGUGACAUUUCCUGUUUUUUUAAAUAGUGUAUUUUUUUUUCCUUUUUUUUUUUUUUUUUAAAGAAGAAACAAACGGGGAAAACAAAGAAGACUUGACAGUCAACGAAUUUAAAAGGAAAAACUUGGCUUAUUCCUAUUCUGUUCACAGACAGUCAGUCUAUUUUUUCACUGUAGCAGCCGUUCUCGUGUACCAGCUGUGUUGGCAGGCGUGCGCGGGCUUAAGCUUGCCCCUGUGGCUUGCUUUUUUUUUUUUUUUUCCUACCAUCUGAAGGUGUGCCUCACUCAAGAAUAGGACCUUUUGCUCCUGAUUUUUUUUUUUUUUUUUUUUUUUUUUUUUUUUUUGCUUCUUUUAUAAUGAAAUUCUCAGACAUAUCCAGGAGGGUGAGGGUGGAGAGCAGGGGGACUCGGGCCCACCAGCGUCAGGUCUCGAGCCCACGGGCUGGGCGCUGCCACAGAGGAGAUGGCAGCGACCCCCCCCUCCCCGCAGCCUCAGCCCCCAUCCCCCGGUCUCCUACCCCGAGGAGAAGGACUGAACAAAACGGGAGGUUCUCACUUCUUUGGGGAGAGAGAGGCCACGUGCUGCCCCAGAUCAGGGACCCUUUCCGCCCCCUGGGACCAUGGGGCAAGUUUUGGGGCAGAAGGAUGGGAUUCCCCCCCCCCCGCCCCCACCCCUGAGCAAGUAAGUUUUUCUCUUUGUACAAGAGCAGAUCUGCCGUUGCUUUCAACACUGUUUAUUCAAACGGAAGCAGCUGGGUGGUUUUCCCACCUCUGUGUAUGUAGAUAAAUCGACUUUGUAUUAAAGGAAGAUCGUCUGACCCCG